CCCACAAUGUCCCUCCCGAGGCAAAUGAAUUCCCUCAAGCUCUUCUCCGGGUCAAGCGGAUUGUUUUUGCUGGGGAUGAACCCUGAAUGUCGGAGUUAGCAAAUGGCAGAUCUCUUCCAUAACGACGUAGGUGACGUCAUGACGCUGAGCGCCUGAAAGGCGAGGAUCGCGAUCGGGACAGACAUCGUUCGUGUUCUACACAUGCGUCAGCUAUUCGUACAAUCUCAAUGCAACCGCACCAGAAUGAUAUCCUCGAUCCUGCUCAGUCCUCCUAGCAGUACCUCAUCAAACCAAUCCUCGUCAGCCUGUGCGUUCGUGAACCGGCCACCGAGCCAGAGCGCAUGCGGCGGAAGGAACCUCCUCGAUACUGGGUUGAGAGCAGGCUUCUGGUGAUCGAUGAGGUACAUCAGGAACCCUGAUCAACAUGGAUGCUAAUGUGCAUUCCAAAAGUCUUCCUGUGCUAGUCGUUUUGUCGCAAGUCCAUGCAGAGGAAACAGACUGUUUUGGAUGCAAUCUAGAAAGAAGAACCAUGCAUAUAUGAACCGCAACUUCACUCCUUCCUUCCUUCUGCCCUUCCAACCACGAAUGGACGAGAACGACGAUACAAACGUGAAGGCCGGACCGAGCACCUUUAACCUGGCGGAGUUAGCCCAGACCUUCAAGAGCGUGUCCGAAGGUGCGGAGGGGUUAGAUAAACUGGGAAAAAUAAGCAGGGAUGCCAUAGAUGAGGCUAAGAAGGUCGCUAUCCAUGUAUUUCUGAGCUUCUCUUACAAAUACACUCGUUGAACCAUCGAUAUCGUCUCUCUGCCGACGGUCGAGGAGCUUGGCUUGUCUCGGAGAGCGAAGCCAAUACUGAAUCACAGCUCUCGUGAGCUUUUCCGCCGUCUCGC